AUGUCCGCAGACGAUCAAGCUUUCCUCGACACCCUGUCAUCUGUACCGAACGAUAUCCGGCGAUACUCAAACGACGUCGCUGACUAUGUCGACAAGCACCUAGAGAAAGUCUCAAACAUAUUAAGGGAAGCCCUAUCUUCAUCGCAAUGGAUCCCUGAAUCUGCACGCCCUCGACCCCCGCCGCCGCAGAGAACCUACAUCGAGAAAGUCUCUUCCCCCGCUUCAGCAUACGCGCAACUACACAGCUGGGUGACGAAGAACAAGAUCUUGACCACUGUUAUUGUUAUAGCCAUUGGGGGUAUCACCUACCAUGUCAUUACGAGAAAGACGCGCCGAAAAAAGCGUAGGGCGAAGCGCGCAGGCAAUGGAGCAAGGCUUGAGGUUGUAGUCAUCGCUGGCCAGGCAUCCGAGCCGAUCACACGAUCUAUCUCACUUGAUUUGGAACGCAGAGGAUUUAUUGUUUAUGUAGUGUGUAAUACCAUCGAGGAGGAGAUGGUGGUCCAGAAUGAGUCUCGUCCUGACAUCAAACCGUUAAUGAUCGACAUCACCGAUCCAAGCAGCGCGCAGUUCUCGAUCGAGAAAUUCAAAGAAUAUCUACAAACACCGCAUGCAGCGUUCCAGGGCGCAAAAUUUCACCAUUUAACCUUCCGCUCGUUGAUCAUUAUCCCCUCAACUGCGUACCCUUCAUCCUCAAUCGCUAGACUCAACCCGACCACACUUUCCGACCUGCUUAACACACGCCUCUUAGCGCCAAUUCUAACUGCUCAAACAUUUCUACCACUGUUAGAGUCACUUCCAUCCCCGCACCAGCAUCUCCAACCUCACUCACCUCCUGCCAAACCCUCCGUCCUUGUCCUUACACCUAAUAUAAUCUCUUCCCUGAGCCCGGCAUAUCAUCUCCCGGAGUCAAGCAUCGUGGCCGCUCUAUCGUCGUUCAGCUCCGUCCUGUCUGCCGAGCUAGCUCCUCUCAACAUUCCAGUUACCCACCUACAGUUAGGCACUUUUGAUCUACGGGCUUUCUCACCCCAUAACCGGCAACUGCAAACACUUCAUGCCUCCCAUGCAGAGACUCAGAGAUGGGAUGAUCCUGUGAAAAGCAAAGCUGGUUCUCUAGUGGGCAAUGGAACUAGCUUACGGGUAUUAAACGAUGCGGUCUUCGAUUCUAUGGAGAGGCGGCGAGCAGGAGUCAUCCGGAUUGGCAUGGGUAGCUCUCUGUACGGAAUUGUAGGGCGCUGGGCCCCUUCGGGUUUAGUAGGUUGGAUGAUGGGUAGUAGAAGGCUUGGAGGCAUCUCAGGUGCGACCGAGAGCUUUGGGCAGGGAAGUAGGGGUACGAGUCCUCGGAGAAACGGGAAUAUGGAGGACAGCGAGUAUGUUUCUGUGCAUGAAAGUGACAAAGGUGCUAGGUAG